GAGAGAAUCCCAGAAUCGCUGUUCGAGCCAGCCAGGCUCCCAGUAUGUUCGUGCCUCUGCCGGUCCCCUUCGUGUUCCAGAGAGCCUCCUCCGAAGUGGCAGGAUGGCGACUCAAGCCUCCGACGACAGCCUUCCGAGCGGCGGCAGUGAACGAUACAGAGAGGAAUGAUCCAGACCCUAAUCAUCAGGUGCAGUCUAUGAAAGCCAGCCCUUUCUCACUGUCCCCCACACUCUCCAGCACUAAGAUCAAGGCUGAGGACUCCAGCGAAAUGUCCCACCCCCCCCCCCUCCCCCCACCCACCCCCCGGAGCCCGUUCGGGUCGAGGGGUCCGUGUCCCAGGCGACAGCUCAUGCUGCUCGCUGUCUCUCAGUUGACGGCUCUCUUGCCCGCACAGCAGCAGCUCUUAUUGCAGCAGGCUCAAGCGCAGCUCCUGGCUGCAGCGGUGCAGCAGUCCAAUGCAGCCGCAGCCGUGCAUGCAGCCAAUCAGCAGCAGCAGCAGCAGCAAAACAGCAGUGAGCAGAUAAGCAACCCUCUGCCCCAACUCACCCUGUCUCAGCCAAUCCAGCUCACUGCCCAAGAUGUCCAGCAGUUGCUGCAGCUCCAGCAGCUGGUCCUGGUCCCAGGGCAUCCUUUGCAAUCACCUGCACAGUUCCUCCUGCCACAGGCACAGCAAGGACAGCAAGGCCUGCUAACGACACCAAAUCUAAUUCCGCUACCUCAGCAAAACCAGGGGGGGCUCCUGUCCCCCCCUCCCAGACUCAGCCUCCCCACACAGCACGUUCACAGCCACGUCAGUAAGUGUGCGGAGAGCCAGUCCUCCUCCGGAGGCCACACUGAGGAGCCCAGCGACCUGGAGGAGCUUGAGCAGUUCGCUCGCACCUUCAAGCAGCGACGUAUCAAACUGGGCUUCACUCAGGGUGACGUGGGGCUGGCAAUGGGCAAGCUGUACGGGAACGACUUCAGCCAGACAACCAUCUCUCGCUUCGAAGCGCUGAACCUGAGCUUCAAGAACAUGUGCAAACUGAAACCACUGCUAGAGAAGUGGCUCAACGACGCAGAGACCAUGUCGAUGGACACCACUCUCCCGAGUCCCAAUCACCUCAGCAGCCCCCCGCUGUGUGGAUUCGAGGGGCUGCCCGGUCGGCGCAGGAAGAAGCGCACCAGCAUCGAGACCAACGUCCGCGUGGCCUUAGAGAGGGCCUUUGUAGCGAAUCAGAAGCCGACCUCGGAGGAGAUCCUGCUGAUGGCAGAGCAGCUCACGAUGGAGAAGGAGGUGAUCCGUGUGUGGUUCUGCAACCGGCGCCAGAAAGAGAAGCGCAUCAACCCAGCCAGCGCCACCCCUCCCCUCCCCAGCCAGCCAGCCACCCCGCACAAACCCCCCUGCUACAGCCCGCACAUGAUUUCCAGCCAUGGAUUGUCCCAGGCUGUCAGCAGCCUCAGCACAACAGUGACUACAAUGUCUUCGGGUAUGGGCUCUUUAGCUCAGAGUGUGAUUAGCUCCGCCCCCUCCCCUGUGACUCCUCCCCCCAACAGCAACAACAGCACAAGCAUCAGCCCCCACAGCCACAACCCCCUGGGCCUGCCGGGCAUCAACCCCAACACAGGGAGCACAAUGUUGGGUGUCAAUGCAGGGAUAAACCAAGCCCUAAUGGCGAACAACCCCUUGGCCACCAUACAAGCCCUGGCAGCCACUGGUGGGCAGCUGUCUCUUUCCAACCUUGACGGGAGUACCAGCCUGGUCCUGAGCAGUGGCGCUGGCACAGCUGGCACUCAGAGCAUCGUCUCCUCUCCUCUGUUCCUGAACCACGGCGGGCUGCCCCUCCUCGGCUCCAGCCCCGGUGUGGGACUGAUGGCCGCAGCUGUGGCCGCCAAAGCCGCAGCUGCAUCACUUCCUCCCAUGAGCUCUGCCUCUUCCUGCUCCUCCACGUCUUCUGCUUCUUCCUCCAGCAGCGAGUCAGCACAGAGCCCGCCCAUUCGUGGAAUGGAAGGAGUCUCCGCCUCUGAAGGGGCGGGAGCUAAUGCAGAGUGACCACACCCUCUCCUACUCCUCCUCCCCCCUUAGUUGGUUUCUUCAGAACUCCGCCCAUUUUCAUUUUCUACAGCAAAAAAAAACAAAACACCCAAAGAAUUUUUUUUUUACUGUGUAUUGGUUAUCGGUGAUAGGGCCAGCCUGAAAGUGACUUUUCUUAAAGUAGAUGUAACUCCAACAAGGGGGAUGGCGACGUGCUGGUAAAAGAAAUGGAGAAUUUUCUGUUUCCGCAACGGAGAGGACUUUUAAAAGAAGAAGAAAAAACCAAACACACACAAAUGAAUGCCAAAAUUUCACACCAAAAAAAAACUAAA